CCCGUCACACCCGAACAGCGUCCACGGCUGGAUCCCGCUGCCUCCGUGUCACCACCGCCCGUCCCUCCUCAUGUCGGAUUUCAAGCUCGGGAUCGUGCGGCUCGGCCGUGUGGCCGGGAAGACCAAAUACACGCUGAUCGACGAGCAGGACAUCCCGCUGGUGGAGAACUACGCCUUCGAGGCGCGCAUGGAGGUGGACGCCGACGGCAACGGGGCCAAGAUCUUCGCGUAUGCGUUCGACAUCGGGAAAGGCCGCUGGGCUGGACGGCCGCUGCACGAGCUGCUGUGGGAGAAGCACAGAGGAGGCAUCGCGCCCAGCUUCCAGGUCAUCCACAUCAACUCCGUCACCGUGGACAACCGGCUAGACAACCUGCGGCUGGUGCCGGUGGGCUGGAGCCCCAAACCCGAGGAGAUCUCCAGCAAGCAGAGAGAGCAGUCCCUGUACUGGCUGGCCAUCCAGCAGGUCCCGGCCGACCCGGUGGAGGAGCAGUACCUGGAGCUGAGCCGCACGCGCUACUACAACGCUAACGGGGAGCUGGUGGAGGAGGAGGAGUGCUCCUGCACCUACUACGAGUGUCACUACCCCCCCUGCUCACUCAUCGAGAGGCGGCUGCGGGAGUUCAACAUCUGCGGCCGCUGCCAGGUGGCGCGCUACUGCGGCUCGCAGUGCCAGCAGCGGGACUGGCCCGCCCACAAGAAGCAGUGCCGCGAGCGCAAGAGGGUGCUGGCGCUGGAGUCGGAGCCCGAGCGGUGAUCUGCCCCCCCGCCGCCGCCGCCGCCGCCGGCCGGGCACCAGGAGGGCGAGGAGAGCAGGGAGACAGGGUUAUCGUUAGA